UGCAUUCAUGGUUUGAGUCUUUGAGUUGAGACUUUUAGAGCGCAGUUCUUCCUUUCGAAAGAGAAAAAAAGUUAUGUGAUGUUAUAUUCGUUAAUAAAUAUUUUGUGCGAUUGAUCGGAAUUUUGCACUCGCCCAUUUUUGUUGAUAUUAUGUCAAGCACAUUAGAAAACAAAAUUCUCAACUUACAAGAGCGUCUCAGAGCAGAAAAUGAAUCUCGAGACGGAGAUAGGCAAUCAAAUGAAAAUACUUCAUGCACUGGCAUGCAAAAAUCCUCUGUUGUUUCCAUUACAAGUCCUGCUCCUAGAAGACCCAGACAACUUGGAGAAAUGGGAACACCAACGCGAAUUAGAAGACUGUUGGAUUUACCAGUCUUGCAGAUGCUGCCACCAAAGAUGUAUGACAGUGAAUUUGAAUUAAAACUUCAAGAAAUUAUGAAAAUGAACGGUAUUCUAAACAUAAAUGGCCAAAAAUACCAAACAGAAAUGAAAGAUUUGGAACAUUUAGGAGAACUAGGUAAUGGAACUUGUGGCCAUGUAGUAAGAAUGAAACAUAAACCAAGUGGUGUAGUAAUAGCUGUCAAACAAAUGCGUCGUUCUGGUAAUGCAGAAGAAAACAAGAGAAUAAUUAUGGAUCUCGAUGUUGUUUUAAAGUCACAUGAUUGCCCUUACAUCGUGCAGUGUCUCGGUUGUUUUAUUACAGAAUCCGAUGUGUGGAUUUGCAUGGAACUUAUGGCCACAUGUUUAGAUAAACUUCUUAAAAAUGGUAGACAAGCAAUUCCAGAAAGCUUUUUGGGAAAAGUAACCGUAGCGACCGUGAAGGCAUUGUCUUAUUUGAAGGAGAAACACGGUGUUAUACAUAGGGAUGUUAAACCUAGUAAUAUCCUUUUGGACAAUGAAGGAGGUGUCAAACUCUGUGAUUUUGGAAUAUCUGGUCGUUUAGUAGAUAGCAAAGCAAAAACUAGAAGUGCUGGAUGCGCAGCUUAUAUGGCUCCUGAAAGAAUAGAUCCACCGGAUCCCACAAAGCCAGACUACGACAUAAGAGCGGAUGUAUGGAGCUUGGGUAUAACUUUAGUAGAAUUAGCAACUGGAGUAUUUCCCUAUCGUGAUUGCAAGACUGAUUUCGAGGUAUUAAGUAGGGUGGUACAAGAUGACCCUCCUUCUCUUCCACCGGACGCUUUAUUUUCAAAGGAAUUCAGAAAUUUUGUUAACUGUUGCCUUACCAAAAAUUAUAAACAUCGGCCAAAGUAUCACAAACUUAUGGAACAUCCUUUUAUUAAAAAACAUGACUUUACGCUGGAAGGUGAAACGAAUGUUAUGAAUACAACAACAGAGUAUCAGUGGUUUAACGGAAUUAUGGAUCAACUUGAACCAAGGAUACAAGGAGGAUUACAUCGGCCUACAGGUCAUGUCUCUUCAAAAGAUACUGUGACUUUUAAAGGAAAAAAUGAAACAUCAAAUUCAAGUAGCAUUACCAUUGAGUCACAAAAUAUUAAUUGUUUACCUGUUCAUCAACGUUCAUUUAGCGAUAAUAUAGCUAAUUAUGUACCUUAUAGUCCAUAUGCUUUACGAAGAAAAGAAAGCAAACCUUUUUCACCUCAAAUGAUUAGGGACAAUGGUGAUAUUAAUCUACAACGUUCAUUUUUAACAUAUCGUCAUUUUAUGGAACAAAAGAAUUUAACUUUCAAUAGAACUUCUAUUAAUAGUCAAAGUAGAGAUGAUGGAAGAUCGUAUUCUUCUUACCAAAGUCAUACAGAACAACGGGAAAGUAGCGGAGAUCUAUGGCAAACUGCAAGAUCACAGAGUCCUCAUGUUAGAGACUAUUCACCAUGGCGUCGAGAAAAUGUUGAUCCUCCAGGUGUAAUUCCACCUGUUAUUGAAAAUGGACGUCACACUUCUUAUGUACAAAGUCGAUUAGAACCAGUGCCUCAGACGCAUCUACAUUCUCAGGAUAUUUAUGGUAGUCCAAUGAUUAAUCGAAAAAGAUUUCCUUCUGAAACGCAGUCUCAAAAUUUGUAUAAUUCACAUGGUUCUGAAUUAUUAAUGAGACGCUUGGGUCAUCAAAUGAAACAAGAACCUCCAUCUACAAUUCCUCAGUUUCCUGUUGGUUCUAAAGAGUCGGCGAAAAAACGUUUGACUUCAUAUGUAAGACUUCGAUUGGGAAUCGAUCGAGUUCCAUCACCAGAACCACCUUCUAGAUUAAGUCGAGGGGAAUCUCCUCUACCUCUUCGGCGUCAUAUAAUGGAACAACCUUCUCCAUCUUUUUCUCGAAGGUAUAUUUCAUCUUCACCGCCACAACCACCUCCUAGAAGAUUAUCUGAAAGUUGUUCUGUGCCUGGAAGUCCACAGCAUAUUAGAGCUUACCUUCGAUAUACUCCUGAACCUCAAAGAAGGCCACCGCCUUCAUAAUUUAUUAGCAACUUGUACAUUGCUCAUUGUUAAUACCUUGUGAAGCUGAUUUUAAUUAAUUUUUUGUAAUAAUAACACAGGCCUGCGAGAUUUAGUUACAAGAACCUGUGGUACUAAUUUUCGUAGGUUUUUUCGCGCUGAACACGAA